GGCGUGGCCUCCGGGUUUAGAAAUUCGACCCAUUGUUCCACUCCAACGCGCGAAGAGAACACCUCUGUGAAGCUCUCAGCCAAUCAGCGAGCACCUGCCUCCUCUGGACCCCGCCCACCAGCCUAUAUUAAAGGCUCGGCCGUCAGCAGCGUUGGCCACUGGCACAAUAUAAACCUGAUUGAUCCACUCACCGAGGAGAGGGAUUUACUUUAUUCAACCUUUCAUUUGUAGCCGUCAUUUAUUUUAUUCUACUAAAACAAUGGCAGACACAAAAGUGGACUCCGGGUCGGAUAUCUCUGCCAAGGACCUGAAGGAGAAGAAGCUCCUGGAGGACAAGGAGAACGGGAAGGAGACCGCCACCAACGGAAAGGAGAAUGAGGAGAACGGCGAGCCCGAGGUAGAUGAUGAAGAUGAUGAUGAAGUGGAUGAGGAGGAGGAGGAAGAUGACGUAGAAGCCGGCGAUGAGGAAGACGAGGAGGACGAUGACGAUGAACUCGAGGGCGGCACAAAACGGCCAGCUGACGACGACGAUGACGACGAUGAGGAUGACGUUGAAACCAAGAAGCAGAAAACCGACGACGACGAUUGAUGCGUUUCCCUCGCUCGCGACUUCCCGCUAAAUCACUUCCUGCUUCUCCGCCUGCGACCGUUUUCAUUGGUCGCAGCUGGAGGGGCGGGAGGACUGAUUCAAAAGGAAAGAAAAUUAUAAUAAAGUCAAAAAAAAAAAAAUCCAACAUGGUCAUUAGCAAGUAGAGUUCAACAAACAUCUACACACACACACACACACACACACACACACACACUCACACUCGUAUCCCCGCAAAACUAAUUUUCUAGAGCCACCACAUGGCCCCAGAAAUCCGGCUUCUCUUCAACAACAACCACAACAAAGGAGAAUUUGUUUGUAUUUUUAUUUACAUUUUAUAUUUUUGUACAUAUUGUUCGGAGGGGGGGGGGGGGGGGUCAGUUUCUCUCUCGGCAGCGAUCUCGUCCGACCACACCGGUGCUUCUUUGACUUGGUUGACCGUGUUAGGAUAUCUCAACAGAAAACAAACCCAGAAGACGAACCUCUCGAAGCCGUUGAACUCAGAGCAUUCCAGUAAAUGUCAUGUAUGUACUUUAGCUGUACCAUAACUAGUCUGUUUGUAUCGGGGGGGGAGGGGGGCAGAGGGAAGAGCCGCUUUGCUUUUCCUGUUGAUUUCUGUUUUUGUUCUGACGGCCUGUUUUGAUGUACGUGCGAAGUUUGUUGUUUGACAAUAAACCGGACUUUUAUUUUGUGAGUUGUA